AUGUUACGAAAGUGCGAACCAGAUCCAUCUCAUGUUUUGGAUUGGGUUGACGUGGACGUUGAUAAAGAUGUUUCCUAUGAAGAGGGACCAAUGCAGAUCCUUGACACACGACAGAAGGUGUUAAGGGGCAAGAUGGUGCAGUUGGUGAAAGUUCUUUGGCGACACCACGGAGUCGAGGAGGUUACUUGGGAGCUUGAACAGCUGGUUCACUCCAAGUGCCCAGACAAGAUUUCUCUCUCAUCUCUUAUCGGAUUAAAGUGCCGUUUGAGGCAAAACGAAGAGCACGACGAGCUCUACGCACUAGUACCAGCAAUUUCAGACUUUGAGCACCUUUUGGAUUUCGAAUUUGAGGACCCAUUUUCAAGGGUUUUGCUCACUUUUGAGGUCUGUCAAGAUGGAAGAACAAUUAAUGGAGGAAGCAUUUCUCAGGGUUUGCAGAACAUCACUCAAAUUUCAUCCACUGUUCAUGUAGAUGGUAAAGGAAAUGUGCAUUCUGGAGCACCUCCUCCUUGGUUCAAUGCAACUGAAGCAAAUCCACUAAAUGCUGGACUAAAACCAGGGUUAGGACUCAAUGCUGUUGCCUCUCCUCACAGUAAACCUGGGAAGUCCCAGAAAUUGAACCCGAAACGGGUGGGAGCUGCUUGGGCAGAGAAGAGAAAGAUUGAACUGGAGAUGGAAAGGAGAGGAGAGUGUAUCACCAAUAAUUUUGAUGCUAAUUGGCUCCCUAAUUUUGGUAGAGUUUGGCAAUCAGGUAGCCGGAAGGAAUCUAGAAAAGAAUUUGAGGUGGAGGACAAAAAACCACUAAAGGUUGAAACUGAAAGUGAGACGCCAAUCAAGAUACAGCCUUACAUCAGCAAACGAAUAGUAAACCUCGAAUCCCCAUGUACCAUGUUAUAAAAUUUUCAUUUUUCUUUGUUAUAUUAAAAUGGUUAGAUUAUGGCUUUUGAUAUCUUAUCUCAUUAUACAAUUGUGUGCGCCUGGAUGGUGAUGCGUUAUUCACAUGGAUUCCUUCUUUUAUCUCCCAUGAUUGAUAUAGAGCUUGCAAUUUCUGGUCUAUCCUUGUUAUGACACAACGUGUGCAUGCAAGCAUUACAAGGAGUAUCUUAAAAGAGUAGCAUUAGUAUCAGUUUAGAGUAGAUUAGAAUCAAUUCGAGAAAUUUUGUUUUGUGUUGUAUUAAAUGCAGUUAUUAUGUUUCUAUAAAUUUAAAGUACUGUAUUAGUAAUAUUUGUUGUAGGACUUGGGAGAAAAGUAUCAUCAUCUCCAUUUUUUUUGUUUUUUUGGUGGUUGGGUUUCCCUGGCACAUGCUCCUGCUUUUACUAUUACAACCCGUUACCCACUAUUUCAUUUGGUCUCUCACAAAUAAAUGCUAACAAAAUUCUGAUAGAUUGUUUAGCACCCGGGGUUGGAAUAUUCAAUGGCACUUUAGUAUUUAGUUGCAUGAUUUUGUGGAAUGGACUAACUGAGGCUAACUGUUUCCUU